GUCCGAGCACGUGAAUGCUCUCCGGAUCCGGUAAAUCCGGGCCCGGAUCCGAACAUCUGCACCUACCAUUCAAUAAAUACACCACGCUGCUGGCUUUCUCUAAGACACAGCAAACAGCAAACUCACGGCUUCUACUUCUAGUACUUGAAAGCCUUACAUCUACAACUCAGAAUUUCACCUUACCUCACAAAGCAAUCACCAUGAAGGUUCUCGUCAUCGGAGGCAGUGGUCGCACCGGCAAGCUCGUUAUCGACGAGCUUCUCCAGCGAGGUACGCUUCUCGCCAUUCUGCACUCCGAAGGUCCUCACUAACAUAGAUUAGGCCAUCAAGUCACUACUCUCGCUCGGACUCCCUCUUCGGUGGAAGCCAAGCCUGGCCUCAAGAUCGUAGCCGGUACGCAUUCCUCGCAAGCAACAACCCCCACCUCAUUGACAGUACCACAGGCACUCCCAUGAAGAAAGAGGACGUCCGCGCCGCGUUCCAGGCCUCUAUUCCCUCCGUCGUCCUCGUAACCCUCUCCGCGCCCCGCGCAGGCGACAGCCCCUUCGCCGCAAACAUCUCCCCACCGCGCCUCAUGGCCGACUCCAACGCCAACGUCGUGGCUGCCAUGAAAGAGUUCGGCGUGCCCAAGGUGGUCAUCAUGCAGGCUCAAGGCGUGGGCGACUCCUGGCCCAACAUGAACUGCAUCAUGCGCCUGCUCAUGAAGAAGAGCAACAUGAUCUACCAGUACGACGACCAUAAUCUUGUGGACCAGGAGGUCAGGGCCAGCGGCGUGACAUACGUGAUGGUGCGUCCAGCGCGGCUGGAAGAGGGAGAGGCGAAGGAGGUGAAGGAGUGGCCGAAUGCAGGAAAGGGAGUGGGGAUGAUGGCUGCUAUUACGAGGGGAAGUGUUGCGAAGUGGCUGGUUGAUGCGGCGGAGAGCGGCAAGUGGGAUAAUACUGCUCCGGUAAUUACGAAUUAGUAGUGACUCCGUCUCGAGAGACUGAGUGUUGAGGCAGUGGAAUGCGGGUGAAUAUGCGAGAUUGUGUUUAUG